UUACUGAAAGCGAACACGCUACAUAUCUGCAAUCUGCCGUUAAUUGGAGAUGAUACCGGAAAAUGUUGUUUCCUAGCCACACUCCAACAUCAUCAUUGUUGAUAAGCACAUGUGAUUAUCGAUUCAAAUGGUUGCAAUGAUAGUCAUUGACUGAAACCUACGAAUAAAGACCAACCGUUGCACGUGUUCUCUGCAGACUUUCCAUAACUACCCGAUCUCAAACUCAUUCGCACUGAAAACCUAAAAAUUAUAUCAAUUAUCAUUAGAUACUCGGUCGUUUAGUGGGACAGAUCUUAUCAUAAGAUAAUGUUUAAACUGUGAAUAGUAUCGCGGGUAUUGUUGUACGAUCUUGACAUUGUUCCGGGGAAAUUGGUGAAAAGUUUUUCUUAUUGUUCCGUGAUUUUUUCAAAUAUUUAUUCAUUGGCAAGGAUUUAAUACACGAGCCGAAGUCUACGUGAUCAAUGUUGGAAAAUUUGUUGGUGGUGAUGAGGUCUGUGAUUUUAUUGAUUUUAAUUUCUUUGAAUAUUUCCCGAGAAUUUCCCUUGGAUGACUAUAUCUACCUAGACGAUUUGGAUAGUUCGUUGCAUGAUGAUAUCAUUUUUGAGGAUUAUAAGGAAGACCUGUAUCAAGAUAGCGAAAAAAAAGUGCAGAUUCGGAGUGUAAUAAAAGAUCCGGUCUACAGGUGGAAAGAUGGAAUUAUCUACUACUACAUUGAUGAGGUGUUCACCACAAUUCAAAGAGCUCAUAUUAUACAACAAAUGGAAGAGAUAGCGAACGUAACUUGCCUUCAAUUCAAGCCAAAAACGAAGACUUCUUCUGACUACGUUCAUAUAAUGGGAAGAAGCAACGGUUGCCAUUCCCAAGUGGGUCGCCGUGGAGGUCGGCAAGUAUUGAAUCUGAAACCAUCAGCCCUCAACACAGGUUGCUUUCGAAAAGGCGUAGUCAAACACGAAAUGAUGCACACUAUUGGAUUUUACCACGAACAUAAUGCACCAGAUCGUGAUGACUACAUUACUAUUAAUUGGGAGAAUAUCCAAGAUGACAAAAUAAGUAAUUUUGACAAACAACUACCCGAGAUGGUAACGAAUUUCAGCAUCCCAUAUGAUUACGAUAGUAUGUCUCAUUACGGAAGGAGAAUCUUCAGCAAGAAUGGUCUUCAUACGAUUACACCCAGGGAUCCGAAUGCUAUUAUUGGACAAAGAGAUAGAUUAAGUGAUGCCGAUAUUUAUAAGAUUAAAUUGAUGUACAAUUGUUAGAUAAAUG